AUGGCCCAUUCCGCUGCCACCCAGCUGGGGCCAACUGUUCGUGAACCUGCUAAUGGGCAAGAGACCAUGGUCAAUCUUGAACAUUCUUCUCUAGCCAUAUGCGAGAAUGAAGACAAUGCAAAUAUUCGCCAGAAAUACCGACCCUUCAUUCUCAAGAAUAAUGUGGCCGAGGACUGGGUCAGUACCCUGGAAUUGACAAGCGCCCUGAACAUGGCGGCCAAGGAACUCCAGACGUCGGGUAGCAGGUUGAAAGUCCUUGUCCUGUACGGCAGUCUCCGUCGGAGGUCCUACUCUCGCCUGGUGGCGCUGGAAGCCAGUAGAGUUCUCUUCCGUCUAGGGUGCGAUGUCCGCGUGUUCAAUCCUGAGGGAUUACCGGUGAAGAACGAUACCGAGCAUGAUCAUCCUAAAGUGCAAGAGCUCCGGGAGCUGAGUAGAUGGAGCGAUGGCCACGUUUGGGUUUCGCCCGAACAGCAUGGCAAUCUGACGGCCGUGUUCAAAAAUCAGAUCGACUGGAUCCCGCUUAGCACUGGUAGUGUUCGUCCCACGCAAGGUCGGACCCUUGCCAUUGCUCAAGUGUGCGGUGGAUCGCAGUCCUUUAACGCUGUCAAUUCCCUGCGUAUUCUCGGCCGGUGGAUGCGCAUGUUUACUAUCCCGAAUCAAUCGUCCAUUCCACAAGCCUAUACCCAUCUCCCUGACGAGGGCCAACCAGGCGACCAGAGGCUUAAGCCUAGUGGUAAUCGAGACCGGCUCGUGGAUUGCAUGGAGGAGUUUGUGAAAUAUACUAUCAUCAUGCGUCCUCACCUAGAGCUUUUUGGCGAUCGGUUCAGUGAGCGGGAGGAGGAGAGGGUGAAAGAGGAGAAGCUAAGGGUAGCGAGAGCAAACGCAGAUUCCGUGCAGUAAGUAGGGUGGGUUAUCUCCAUAAUGUGCGGCAUUGAAGUGGUCCAGACUCCAGUAUAUAGACUUUAUCCAAGGUAUAGA